UUUAGUCGAACCGCAAAACCGCAAACCGCAUAGGUUCGGAUGUUGAAUGAUCAAAAUUAAAUUGUCUCAGCCCACGGUUGAUAAACUAAUAGCCUUAUUUUACACCCUUCAUCUCGAUGCUUCCAAUCAACGACAUCACUCUAAUUCCUUUCUACUCCUAUGCACUUUCGAUUAUCUCGAAGGCGGAGUACAACAGGGACGAAUACGAAAAACGUUUUCUGGAAACAGACGAACAUGUGGUGCGAUUCCUUGAAAAUUGCGCGGAGGAAGAUAUGGAGCGUGCGCUCAUUAACGAAAUUGCUCGCUUGAGAUCUCUUCGCCCUGACGUCGAACCCGGAUUGAGCAACAGCUCCAUCCGUGUCCCUGAGGUUGACGCAGGAGACAAUCUUGCCGAACCGAACACGGCAGUGAAAGCUGAACUGGCAGCAAUGGAGAGCGAGCUGCUUGAGCAUUGGAAGACCCGUCGUGCUGAAAUAGCUCGAAAGCACGGGUAUGAAGUGAAGUCCUUGGCUCCUGCGAAGCUACCAUUUCUUCGCAAGAAUACCGGAAAGGUUACCGGCUUUAAUGUCUUCCAAAAAGAACUCUACUGCGAACAAGGUUGCUAGUAUUUCAAUGAAUUUGUCGUUCAAUUAUUCGAAUAUAGCUAAUUGACACCUAUGAAAUAUUACUAGAUCGUAAGCGAUACAAAGAGGAUCGUACCCAAAUGGGUAACAUCAGGAACUUGAAAACAACCUUGAAAAAAAGCCAACACCAAAAACCAGUCCAAAAUCCAGAUCCCCAACUUUAAAAACUAAACUCACGGCAGACGAAAAAACGAAACUUAA